AUGGCUAACGAUAAUGACGACUUUAAGAUGUGGGGGUCUGAAAAUGUGAAGAUAUUUUUAGAAAUAUUGGUGGAUGAAAUUAAGAAAGAGGGUCCUUGCAUGUCAAAGAAAGAUAGGAGUUUUUACCCAAAGCAAUGGCAAACAAUUGAUGAGGAGAUGACUAAAAAAGUUGGAAAAAAAUUUGGGGUGAAAAAAUUGAAGGGUAAGUUCGCGCUUUUGAAGGCGAACUACAAAGAGUUUGUUGCUCUAAAAAACCACAUGGGUUUGGGUUGGGAUCCAAUAACUCAAACAGUGACAGCCCCAGAUGAUGUUUGGGAAAAUUAUGUUCAAGCACACCCAAAUGCAAAACAAUUCCAAACCAAAGGCCUUGAACAUGAUGAGCUCAUGUUAGAAAUAUUUGCCAAGUCAUUUGCCACUGGCGCUUUUGCCCGUUCUUCUCGUCAUGGUGCACCCACAUCUGAUGACGAGUGA